ACUUGCAUCGUAUCAUGCAUACACGCUGCAGCCCUGCACGCUUAACACGUGUGUUAACGAACAUAGACAAACUUAAAUCGUAACUUUCAUGCGCGGUAUUUUCCAUUUUUGUACUGUUUCUGACAAGUUAUGUGUUUUGUCGGCAUUAUUCUUCGAAGGAGCAAUGGAAUCCUUGGUCAUACGAAACGUUUUGACAGAUUUCGGGAAAAAUAGUGAUUUACCGGAGAACUUUACGGGUGCACAACCACAUCUUGAAAAGCCAUUUACUGAAUGUGCCAAGAGACUUUUUGAUCUGGGCAGUGACUGCUCCAUCCACAAACCGCUGUCAUCUUCAGAUGGACUGACAGAACUUAUCAUCGAAGGUUUGGACGGUGAACAAAUAUGGGAGGAGAUAGAACUGACAAACGGACCACUUCUUAAGCAGGCAGUGCGAGACAUCGCAAGGCUGUUAACGAGCCGCGCUGGUGUCUCAUUAGUGACAACAGCAACCAAGGAGGGAGGACACUGUGUUGGAACGAGGGAAAAGUAUGACUCUGAGGAAGCAAAGUCUGAUGAGGGGGGAGUGUUCGGUGGUAGUCAAGACCUCUUUGCCGAGUCUCAGCACACCGCCACUUCAUGUUCGGACUCCUCCGAUCAAGACUCAAACACAGAUUUUGAUAUCAGGGAUCUGGAAGCUCGGGCAAAGAAAACGAUGGUGGAGAAGCUGUCUACGAGAGCAGCACAAGCUCGCUCGCCAAGAGGCAGGUCGUCCGUGGUGGACGACGAAUUCUUCAAACUGUCGGAGAUGGAGAGGUUUCUGGAGAUGGAGGAUGCGAAAGAGGAGAGGCGGAGAAAGAGGGAGGAAGCCGGGGGUGGUGAGGAAGAGGAGCAAGACCCAGGAGAGGACAAGGAGGCAGAGUCUGUCGACCUCUUUGAUGACAUGUCUUCAGAUGAGGAGGAGAGUGCCAGAAACAUGCGGUACGGAGACUACUUUGACAGCGAUAAUCAAAACAAACCAUCUGCCAAGAAGGGCAUCAGGUUUGAGGAGAUUGGUGAAGAAGAUGAGGAUGAAAGGAGUGAUGAUGACAUCGAUGAUGAUGGCUCAUUUAGGAUGGAAAGUAAGAGCCCUGACGAGGAUAAAGCAGGUGAAAGUGAUGACAGUGAUGUUGAAGAAGAUGAUGAUUGCGGUGAUAACGGAGACAGUGAGGGGGAAGAUCUGGCCGACAUUCUUGGAGGCAGGGCUAGCGAGAAGAGGUCAACCUUUGAAAAGAGACAGGAAAAGCUGAAACAAAAGAUAGAGCGACUGGAAGAGGCCAACCUGAGUGAGAAACCAUGGCAACUGUCUGGGGAAGUCAAAGGCACCAAGAGACCGGAGAACAGCCUGCUGCAGGAGGACUUGGACUUCGAUGUCACCACCAAACCAGCACCUGUGAUCACCGAGGAAACAACGCAAGCCCUAGAGGACAUCAUCCGCCAGCGAAUACUGGACCGCGCCUGGGACGACGUAGAGAGGAAACAGCGACGGCUGGAGGAACCCUACGAGUUCAAGAAACGCAUCACGCUGGACCAGGAGAAGAGCAAGCAGAGCCUGGCCGAGAUCUACGAGAAGGAGUACCUCAAACAAGCCGAGCAAGAGAAGGAGGACGAAGAGAACCCCGCCCACACUGAGAUCAAGACCAUGAUGGAUGCCCUUUUUGUCAAACUGGACGCUCUCUCUAACUUCCAUUACAUGCCCAGACCGGUUGCACCGGAGGUGAAGAUUGUGAAGAAUGUACCUUCAAUUUCCAUGGAAGAAGUCGCCCCAAUUACAGCGACAGGUGCGACGCUAUUGGCUCCUGAGGAAAUACAGGAGAAAUCCAAAGCUGAGCUUAAGGGUGAUACCGAAAGGACAGCCUCCGACAGGAAACAGGCCCUGCGCCAAAAGAAGCAGCGUCAGAGGACGCGGGCCAAAGAGAAGCUGAAGAAACAGAGAGCCGUGGAGAAACUCAAACCAGGCAUGGGUAAUAAGUAUAGUGCAAAGAGCGCCCUCCAGAGGCUAGAACAGGACAGCAAGCUGCCCUCCAGCAAGAUGACAAUAAUCAAGGAUGAUAGGAAAGAAAAGAUGCUCAAAUCCUCCAAGUCCUUCUUUGGCCGUUUGCAAGACGAGGUCACGUCAGAAAUCCGCGGAGUGAAGACCAAAAAGAAAGCGCCGAAGCAGACGGUGUCUAGCAAGAAGCUCAAACUCUGAAGUCCCUGGCUUGUAAAAACCGAAAAUUCAAAUCCCAACGGACGCGUUUAGAGCCGGUUCCAAGCACGCCUGUGAAAUGCAGCCCAAGUUAAGUGUCUGCUCGAUGGACAAAAGUUUCUCAUCCUCCCGUCUUCUUUGGCAAGGGUGACAGAAUUCCGUGUCUGUAUUCCCCUCUCAUUGGAACAAUGCAUCAGUGACAAUAAACACACACACACAAAUCAGCAUUCGAGAAAUAAUCUCUCAUUUAAUGAGACUUUUCAAAGUACUGCAGUAGCCGAAAAAAGACAUCUGUGCGUAAUAUCAGGAGAAAAAGUUGUAAUCUACGCACACGUUUCUAACUGGUGCAACUAAGCAGUACUAGUAAUUAGCAGGAAAGCAGGGUUUGCUGGCAGUCGGGCCAUAGGAGAGCCCAAGCAUCUUACGAGGUUCAUUUUGUUCUUAGAGAGAACGCCAGUUGAACAGAUAAUCUUCCCAAGGACAUGAACUAACGUUUAUUCUUGUAUUUGCCCCACAACAAAUUCAUAAUUCCUAUCCACUAUAAGUACCACAUAUGACUGAGCUUCAGAAUUCCCACUUUGUUUUUUUAGGAGUAUUUUCGUGUUAUGAGAUGGAAUUAUUGCAUUUUGGAUUGAUUUAAAAUAAAUUUAUUUUAUAACCAGUGAGACCAUGUUUGACAAAGCCCAUGACUUGCAAGAGAUUCUGUGACAUCACAAGAUAUAUUUGGAACAUCAUCUAAUCAUGUUUCCUGGAUAUUCACUUAGUACUGUAAGCUUGUCCUUAAGAAAGUGUAUGACAGUGGAAAAGCAAGAGCAUGGCUACUUGGGAGGUUGUUUCAAAACCGAUGUCACUAAUGGUAAUAUUUGUAUUCGAAUGAUGCUGCUUAAAGUUGUUUUCAACAGGGAAAUACUUGUUCCUCAAUUUUAUAACCAUGCUGUUGAAACUGCUUUGGGGGGGUCUCAUGCGUAGCUGUAAUAUCCAGCAGAAUUAAAUCCUUUUUUUUUUUUCAUUUCAACACUA